UGCACUUGGUUGCCUACAAUCAGUUUACCGUCUCGUUGAUUUAGGUAACGGUGUCUUGUUGAAGUUGCAGCAUCCACUCGCCCUUUUCAAGUUGAAAGCAUUGAAAAUGAAAAUCAUCGUCGCACUGGUCGCCCUGUUUGUGUUUGCCUGCGGUAAUCCGGUGCCGGAUAAAGAUGCGCAGACCGUGCGGUUCGACAACAAUCACAACGGAAUCGAUGGUUACAGCUUCCAGGUGGAAACCAGCAACGGUAUCAAACAGGAGGAACAGGCCGAACUGCGAAGUUUCGGAGAGGACAAUGCGGCCAUCGUCGUGCGUGGUUCGUAUUCCUUCAUCGCCGACGAUGGCCAGCUUUACACGGUGAACUACAUCGCCGAUGAAAACGGUUUCCAACCGGAAGCACCCCAUUUACCCAAGGCCUGAGAGGAAACAGCGGGACUAUUAGUGUUGAGUGAUAUUAAGUAGAUCUUGUUAAUAAAUAAUUUGUGGAAUAUUGAAUGUAGUUGUUUGGUGUAAGUGACCAGUUUUUGUUCAGUGGAAUAAACUAACUUUUGAACGA